CUGAUAGUACAGUAACACGUAUGUCCUCAUUUCAUACCUUUACUUUAUUAUCUACAAUUUAAUACAAGUCGUCAGUCCUCUUGACUAUAAAUGUUUCAAGGAUAAUAUAAAAGUGAGAAAAAAAAUGGCGGAAAAUGGUUUACUAAAGAGAUUAGAAAAUGGCGGUAAUGUGGUUGUUGCGGAGGGAUAUAUUUUCGAGUUUGAGAGGAAGGGCUAUUUACAGGCGGGAACAUUUGUUCCGGUAGUGACCUUAGAACAUCCAGAACUUGUGCGGCUAAUGUAUGAAGAAUUUGUCCAUGCAGGCAGUGACGUUGUACUAGCGUUCACAUAUUACGCACACAGAGAGAAGUUACGACUAAUUGGGAGAGAGAAUGAUUUGGAGAAAAUGAACAUCGCGGCUCUCAAAAUGGCGCGUGAAGUUGCAGACGAACAUGGCUGCCUGAUGGCGGGAAACAUCUGUAACACUUCCAUUUAUCUUCCUAAUGACGAAGAAACACACAAAGUAGCAGAAGCAAUGUUCAAGGAACAGAUUGAGCUUGCGUUAAAAUAUGGGGCAGACUACAUAGUUGCGGAGACAUUUGCACCCUUAGGAGAGGCAAUGUUAGCUCUAGAGUGUAUCAAGAAAUAUGGGAAAGGUUUGCCAGCUGUAGUUACAAUGUCAGCACCAGCAGCAGACGUAUUCGUUGAUGGGGUCAAGGUCGCAGAAGGUUGUAAACAGUUGGAGGACGCCGGGGCGGCUGUGGUUGGCCUAAACUGUGGAAUGGGACCGGAAACAAUGAUCCCAUUGCUCAAGGAAAUAAGACAGAUAUGUAAAGGUCCUAUAGCUGCGUUACCAGUCACCUACAGGACAACCCCAGAGGAGCCAACUUUCUUCUCAUUGACUAUACCGGGAACCAAAAAGAGAGCAUUUCCGCUUGAUUUGUGCGCAUGUCUUUGUAGUCGUCAACAGAUAGCGGAGUUCGCCGAGCAAUGUAAAGAAAUUGGUGUGCAAUACGUUGGUUUAUGUUGUGGUAACUCCGCAAACAUGACCCGAAUAGUUGCCGAGAAGUAUGGACGUAACCCUCCUGCUAGCAAAUACGCACCGGCUAUGGAGAAACACUUCAUCUUCGGCGAUAAAUCGAAAUUUAAAAGCGGUUUCACAGAAGAUUUAAGAACACAUAUUGGAGGACAGUUUGAUUAGAUAUAUCAACCGCAGUGUUGAUUAAGUCAGUUGAUUUCCUUUCCAUAUGUGAUUUCGGCAUGUUCCGUAUAAUAAUAUAAACAUAUUACUUUGUUUUAUGUACUUAAUCAUGGUUUGAAAAUCAAAAUGAAUUAUGGAUGGCAAUCCAGAAUUGUUAAAUGAUUUAAUAAUGCUACAAAUACAUGUAGAUGCAUUUUGUUUUGGUCAAAAUCAAGCACCUGCUGUCAUUUCAAAGACUGUAGGAGGUAUUACCUGUCAAUUUUACGCAGGUUACAGUAUGGCGAUAUUUUUGAUACAAUUCGACCUGUUAUUGUUGUUUACAACGAACGGUAUUAAUCACUCUAUGAUCAUAUUGGUAAUAAAAAAAAAAUUAAUCGUAUUUUCAUGUUGGAAAUAUACUUCGAUGAAAAGUAUACGUAAAGUACAAAAAGGACUAAUGUGUGUGUUUAGCACUAUAGAUUGGGUUUUCCCUACUUUCUGAACGGGAAAUUUUAAACUUAUACUAUAUAGUAACUUGCUUCCCGUCACCUUUAUUGACUUGUUUUAUUCAAAAGGCAUUGCCCAGCUUGAUGCCUGUUAUAACAAAUUAAAAUUUCCACAUGAUCAAACACUAUCUUUGUGACAAAUAGGCAGUUUUUACUCUUACAUGUGCAGUUCUUGUUUUAUAUGUUAUGUUGCUUAAAAUCAUACUGCCCUAAAAUGAUUUUAUGCAAUAGUAUGCAAGCUUCAAAUGGACCUGUACAAAAUCCUAAAAAAAAGCAAUUCAUUGUAAAUAUACAUAACUGUACUACUACAUAGUC